AUGAUCGACGAAGGGAAAAAACAAAAACAAAAACAAAUGCUGUUUGAAAUGCGCCCGCCGUCGAGAGGUUGUUGCAGGAGCCUGCAGCUAGAGCUGCAAACACACGCUGCUGGUCCGUUGCCGCCGCGCUCGUCUGCUGCUGCUGCUGCUGCAAAGCUCGCUGCUGCCCCCCAGAGGACAAACGCCGCAACUGCCGCCGCCGAAGACGCUGCUCCCUCGAGCUGCUGCUUACUCAGCAGCCAAAAUCGAAAGAGGCCGACGCACUGGGCGCGGCCGCCUUUUAUAGGCGCCGCCCCUGCCUUGGCUCACGUGGCUCAACGGCCGAGCCCCGUGAGCAGUCUUCCUUCCUGCCCCACCCGGCCCACAACAGCCGUUUCCCGCCCAAACCGUUGGUUGGGCGGGAAACGGGAGAAACUUGACUGGAGCAUUAAUUUUAUAUCAGUGAAUAAAAUCAAAUAUCCUGUUUCAUACACAAAGUUUCAGCCUGUGAUUUGUCCCAAUGAACACAAUCCAAAAGUUCCUUUGGCUGAGCCUUGUGCAUUUGGCCACUUAAUAUAUGCAGCCAAGAACUGGGAACGUUUCUACCUGAUAACUUCCCACUUGAGGCUCGCCCAUAUCUGCGCCCCCCCCCCCUCCAUUGUGGAGCUGGGAGUCAAGAUGAGGGGACUCAUUCUUGCGUCUCUCGUCCUGCUGCAACCUUUCUCCAGGCCGUGGGGGUCUGCGGAGCAUCUCACGAGCGAGCGCACUUGGUGCCGCGGUUCUGGGGCCUGCUACAGCGUCCACCUGGGCAGCCUGAACUUCCACCGGGCCCAGAAUGCCUGCGCCGAGCUCGGGGGAAGGCUGAGCACGGCGAGCGGAGAAGCCGAAGUCCAAGCUAUCCUCACUCUGCUGAUGGGGGUCGCCAACGGGUCAGGCGCCUCUUUGUUCUGGCUGGGCCUGGUUCGGAAGGCCCAGCAGUGCACUCUGGAGGACUUGCCGCUGCGGGGUUUCUCCUGGGCCCCUGCUGGAAUUCAAGAGGCCACGGUGAAUGAGACCAUGCAGGCGCCCUACUGGGUGAGGGAGCCGAGCAAGUCAUGCACCAUGCAGAAAUGCGCCGGGCUGCUGGUGACCUUGGGACAACCCGGCUUGGAGCCCUGGGGCUUGAAGGAGCACAUGUGCACCAAAGCGAGCCCGGGUUAUAUCUGCAAGUACAGCUACGCGGGCGCAUGCCCCGCGCUCCCGGCGUCUCCUGGCCUUCACUAUACGCUCCCCUACGGACUACAAAGCGCAACCGUGGAGUUCAGCCCGCCGGGCACGGUGGUGACCCUGAGGUGCCCCAGGCGAGAGGCGCGUUUCACUUGCCGUCUCUCGCCCUACGGCUACCAUUGGGAAGGCACAGAGCAGAGGCUCUGCUCCUGCCCCAGCGGCUACUGGAGCCCUAGCAAGGGAGCCUGCGCGGAUCCGGCAGACUGCCUUGGUGCCCGAGGCGCGUUCCUUUGCCUGUGCACCUGGGGCUCCCGCUUGGGGACGAACGAAAAGUCCUGCGCCGUGCCGGCGGCGACAGGGGAAGUAGCCACGGCGAGGCCUACCCCGCCUACACCCACCACGAGCGAACCUUUUCCUUCCAACGGCAGUAGCCGGCCGGGUCAGAACAGCUCUCUGGAGCCCUUUCUUUCUGGGCUGGGCAACGGCAGCGCUGGCGGAACGGAGAAGACGUUGACCCAUCCCGACUCCUCCAACUAUGUCUUCAUCCUGAUCACGGUGGCCGUAGUGAUGCUGGUGAUCCUGGUCAUGGCCGCGCUGCAGGUUUUCCAGGUCUGCUUCAAGAUGUGCUCCUCCAAGGGAGCGCAGCCCAACAAGGACGGAAUUCCCGCCUCAGUCGCAGAAGGCGAUCCGGAGGCCUCCGCCGCCCGCACCAACUCUGAACAUUCCCUGGGACCAAGCAAGGCAGAAUCUGUAGAGACGUCUCCGGAGGACUCCAAUCCAGGGGCUGGACAGGUGGAAUCGGGACAACCAUAAGGGGAGGGGGACAGUUCGCUAGAGAUGAUGGACCGGCAGUCAGAAAAGAAACUCCCCGGGACAGGAAGGGGACGAUCGUGCUUGCAUCUUUUUCUCACUCUACUUUUUUUUUCAUUUUGAAAUGUUUGUGGGUUACAGAUGCAGAACUUGGAUGCUUCAAUUUUAUUUGAAAGGAGGCUUCUUACUAUCCGAGGAAACAGGCUGGUUCCGUGCUUUGUGGAGCCCUGCCUGCAUAGCAUGCCCUGGUGAGACCCCCUAUCCUUCCCCAGCUGUUUCUUCCUGCCCUCCAGUCCCAACGUCCAGGUCACCUAGAAAGAAAGAAAGACAGAUGUAAGAAAGAGUUCAGGUGAGCAAGCAGAGGCAGGCGGGUGCGCCUUGCAGCGCUGCUGCCACUCUCCCACCCAAGCAAGUGAGUGAGCAGCAGAGUUGGCUGCAAGGAGCAAGGGCGGCCUCCGCUCACUUGCCUUUUCUCUUUUUCUCUCUGGGUGGCACAGCAGUUGCGACAACUCUUUCUGGGCAGUGCUGUGGCUUUGCACUAUGCCACCCAGAGGGAAAGAGCAAACAAAGGCAGCUCUGAUAGCCACCGGAGCCUCAGCUCACUUGCUUGCCUGCACUCUCUCUCUCUCUCUCUCUCUCUCUCUCUCUCAACGUUUCAGGAGUUGGGGUUGAUCAGCAGGCCUCAUCCUGUAAGCGAGCCCAUGGAGGUGGCUGUGUGACUGCAAGGACUUGCUGCCUCGGUUUACUCCCCCCCCCCUUUUUCUCUCUUUGCAGUGUGGUAGUUAGGUGGUGUCGCUGAGCUGCCAAUACCGAUUGCUGUGGUUCCUAGUGGGAGAGGGCAGGCAGCAGCUGCUGUUCCUUGCUACUACACCUUGAUCACCUAGCUUUCUUAUUUUUAACUUUAAAAUGCUGAUAUUAUUGGUAUGUCAAUUCUCUGUUAAUGUGUUAAUGUUGUCUUUAAGUCAGUGACUCAGUCAGCAUUCAGAAACUUUUCCAAGUGCAAAGCUUUGAUUAGAAGCUGAUGGUGUUGUUCAGAGAAGAUUGGCAGCCCAGUGAUUUAUCCAAAGUAUAAAUACUGAGUAAGAGUAACCAAUAAUCAGUUUGUCUUUUGACACAAGCCCUAAAAUAGGUAUCAGAUGUGCUUUGACCGAAAAAUCACUGUAAAUCCUAAAAUGGGUAUAAGAAAUGAAUCCUAAAACACACCAUGGCUUAUUUGACGGCUGUCUACCCCCCUGCUGCCUGGGUUCACACGACAUGACAACUCAGGGCAAGAUGGGUGCCUGGCAUGAAACGACAGCCUUCACAGGUAGCAGUAUCUGUUAGGCUGGACACAGUUAGGCUGGACACAGCCAUUUUUGUGAGAGGAAAAACUGAAAUGAAUGCCCAUGUUUGAUUGAUAGGUAACUCAGUAGGUUUGAACGUGACGGAACCAUUCAUUCAUUUUUAUGAGACUGUGAGUGU